AUGCUCACUCGCCCCUCCGCCUUCCGCCUCGCCCAGCGAGUUAGCGUCCCCGCCGUCCGGUCGAACCCCGUCCGCUCCGGCCUGCUCCAACGCCGCUUCACCAGCACCGAGCAAAGCGGCCCCGUCCUGCCUGACAAUGCCUUUAACCGUGAGAGAGCUGCCGUGAAGGCCCAUGCUGCCGCUACCAGUGAUUUGUGGCGGAAACUUUCUAUCUACGGAGUGAUUCCCGUCGUCAUCCUUGCGAGCAUCAAUGCGUGGAAUUUGUGGAAUGAGCAUUGGGAGCACUGGGACCAUAUGCCGCCCUUGGAAGAGCGGGUGGAGUAUCCCUACCAGAAUGUCCGCACCAAGAACUAUCCUUGGGGAGAUGGUGAUAAGACCCUGUUGUAA